CGCGACCUCAAGAUUCUGAAAGCGCACGCGCAAAACUAAGUCCGGGUCAAAAUGGCGAUGAGCUUAAUGUGCGGACGCCGGCAGCUUCUGCGCCUCCUGGGGCCCCAGGGUCCGGUAAGGCUCCACAGUGUCGCAGGGGCCCCGAACCCGCUGCCCGCCGAGCUCCUGGUCGCAGCCCGCCGGGGUUGUGGGCGACCACACUGGGUUCGCACCGCCUUAAGCCCUCGCUACCUGAGUACUUCUUCCAUCUCCUUUGCAGAAGCGCAGGCCCAGGCACCUUCUGUUGUUCCUGCAGCUCCCGCAAUACCUGAGGUGCCUUCUGCAGAAACCACAGAUGUGGUCCAAGCCGCUGCAGAACAGAGCUUCUCUGAACUGGGCCUUGGGUCAUACACCCCAGUGGGACUAAUCCAGAACUUAUUGGAAUUUAUGCAUGUUGACCUGGGCCUGCCUUGGUGGGGGGCCAUUGCUACAUGUACCGUCAUUGCCCGUUGCCUCGUUUUUCCUCUCAUUGUGAAGGGCCAGCGAGAGGCAGCCAAGAUCCACAACCACUUGCCAGAGAUCCAGAAGUUUUCCACUCGAAUCCGAGAGGCCAAGUUGGCAGGGGACCAUGCUGAGUUUUACAGGGCCUCCUCAGAGAUGACACUUUAUCAGAAAAAGCAUGAUAUUAAACUCUUUAGACCUCUCAUUCUGCCUCUGACUCAGGCCCCAGUCUUCAUCUCCUUCUUUAUUGCCUUGAGAGAAAUGGCGAACCUGCCAGUGCCCAGCCUGCAGACAGGUGGUCUCUUGUGGUUCCAGGAUCUCACAGUAUCUGAUCCCAUCUACAUCUUGCCUCUGGUAGUCACUGCUACAAUGUGGGCUGUCCUUGAGCUAGGUGCUGAGACAGGUGUGCAAAGUUCUGACCUUCAGAUGAUGAGGAAUGUUAUCAGAGUGAUGCCCCUAGCAGUCUUGCCUGUAACCAUCCACUUCCCCUCGGCAGUGUUCAUGUACUGGCUCUCCUCCAAUGUGUUUUCUCUGUGCCAAGUGGCCUGCCUUCGGAUCCCAGCAGUACGUACUGCACUUAAAAUCCCCCAGCGUGUUGUGCAUGACCCUGACAAAUUGCCUCCCCGGGAAGGCUUCUUAAAGAGCUUCAAAAAAGGCUGGAAGAAUGCUGAGAUGGCUCAUCAGCUCCGUGAGAGGGAGCAGCGCAUGAAGAAGCACUUGGACCUGGCCGCCAGAGGUCCCUUACGACAGACCUUUACCCACAACCCUGUACUACAGCAUGGAACGAAUCAACCUCCCAACACUCCCAGCAGCAGCACCAGUAGCAACAAACCAAAGUCAAAGCAGCCUUGGCGUGAGACCCUUGGCUGACAUUCUGUGCUCAUUCUGGAAGAACUCUGCCUCUUCAAACACUCAGGCUCCACACAGACUUGACACUGUGUCCUUGCCCCAGACCUGGGCACUGAGGGACAUGGAGAUGUUCAUUUCCGAGAUGGAUUCCACUACGGACUCUUACUUGUGUGUAUUAAAGAACACUGGGGAGACAAGUGACCUUCCCGUCCAGAAUUAGUAAACCACUUCUGCGUCUCGAUGCUUAUUAAA